GCCGUUCUUAGGCACUAGGAUAGUACUCACCCCUACUUCAUCUCCUUAUCUCCACGGAUUUUCCGGUAGUCUUUGAAGUUUUUCAAAUCUGGGUGACGAAAGCUGGGAUUCCAAGUUUUUUUCUUUUUUUUUUUAAAAUAUAUUUUGAUCGGAAGAAAAAUGUUAAUGGGCUGAGUUGCUGCAUAUAAGGAGUUUUUGAGAGGUUUUCUGAGGGUGUAAUUGUAAAGGACAAAUACACUUACUUGUUUUGAAGGGGAAAUCGUCAUCUGCCAAUAACAUUGACAUUAUGAAGGUUCCUGGGAUUUGGGUUUUCUUCUUUGUGGUCGGAACAGCUUUGUUUGUCUUUACCUUCUCCAGCAGCUCCUCCAUUCAUGGUAUGGAGUUUUCCCAACAUGGUGAUGGUACGAGUCUAACAGGAACAAGUAGGAAGCUGAGGGGGAAUGGCUACAAUCCAAGCAAUGAAAAGAAGGGCAAUGUGGAUCUAGAAGAUUAUCAUCCUAUCGAUCCAGUUCCAAGCUCAAGGGGCUCUAUAAAUCCUGGUCCUAUCGAGCAUGGUAGUCCUCUUAUCCCAUACAUACCAAAACCUUCACCUCCGGGUCAUCCCAAGAUUGGUGGUUCCACUUAGCCAUCGGAAAGUCAUUUCUAUGAUCUAAAGAAUGUGGCAUGUGAUCUGUAUCAUCUGAUAUUUUAACCAGCUUGUUUUCUGUACCAUGUCCAGAAAAUAACUUCAAGUUGCCUAUGUAAGCGGCAUAUGAUUGUGUAUGAAUGUGUUUGGCAUUGACCUUGUAUCAUGAACGUCACUUCCAUUUUUCAAGAAAUAACUAGCUUAUAUAC